AAAUUAUAUUUAGUAUUAAAAGAUAAAACUAAUUAAAAUUUAAUACGACAUAAGUAAAACAGAUCAGUAAGACAGAACAAACUUAAUAGUAGAUUUAUUUCUACUAAAGGCAUGUAUUUUUUCGGAGGAAGGCCGGGCAUACAUCCCCCUCAAUAGUAGUUAAAUUAGUACACGACUUGUCCCUCCCCAGUAAAAGCUAAUAUCAGAAGACUUCUAUUUAAACAUUACCCAUAAAUACACCAAUAUAGAUGCAUUGAGAGAGGGUGCAAAUUGGUGGAUAAAAAUUCUCCGGAAUGCAGACAGAGAAAUGUUUAACCCUAAUUCUCUGAAGCGGACCCACCAGCUGAAUGUACACCUACCAAUCAACCAAAUGUGUCUUUACAGGUUUGGCAGAAAGGAACCAGUUGAUCAGUGAAGUUUUUUUAUUUUAUUUAUUUAUUUAUUUAUUUAUUUUUAGCUGAGAGGUAGUUAUAAAACAGUAGUUUUCAUACCUAUAUAUUUAUUGUAAAAUUUAGUUCACCAAUGCAUCAUUUGAUUAACUUCAGGCUCAACAUGUACAACUUUUAAAAAAAAAAGAAAGAAAAACAGCAGACUAUAAACUUGCUCCCUUGUUGUCUUGAAAGAUGUCAAGCUGUUUACACAAAAUGUACUCUGCACCUGUAUAUCUACAGAUUUGUGUGAUAUCAACCGAUUGUACAGCUCGCACCUACAUUAUACAGAUAAUUUCUUGCUAAAGAAAUAUAGUAACAGUCAUGUGACAAUCUACUAACUAACGUAUUUUUGUGAAUCACUUGAACGCAGCACCGCUGCUUACUAUGAGCGCCUUCAUCAUAUCGCGAUAGACACCAUCAGGCCACGGAGCUAACGUUGAGCAACAUGGCGGAAGAGGAGGUGGCCAAGCUGCAGAAGCACCUGGCCCUGCUCAGGCAGGAGUAUGUGAAGAUGCAGCAGAAGCUGGCCGACACUGAGAGGCGCUGUGCCGUGCUUGCUGCACAGGCCUCUGGACAGGGCUCUUCCAGCCCUGCAGCUGCAGACACCUUCAUCAGCCGUCUGUUGGAUAUCGUGGCUGACCUCUAUCAGCAGGAGCAGUACAGUGAUCUGAAAGUGAAAGUGGCAGGGGAGCAGCUUAAUGCCCACAAGUUUGUGCUGGCUGCUCGCAGUGAUGUCUGGAGUCUGGCCAACCUGGCUUCCACCUCUGAACUGGACCUAACAGAUUGCAAACCUGAGGUUGCCAUGGCAAUGUUACGGUGGGCAUACACAGAUGAGUUGGAACUCAGUGAGGAUGAUGCCUUUCUUAUCGACUUAAUGAAGCUGGCUAACCGCUUUCAGCUUCAGCUGCUCAGAGAGAGGUGUGAAAAAGGCGUGAUGUCCUCAGUGAAUGUCAGAAACUGCAUUCGCUUCUACCAAACAGCAGAGGAGCUAAAUGCCUCCACCCUAAUGAACUACUGUGGAGAGAUCAUAGCCAGUCACUGGGACGAUCUAAGGAAAGAAGAUUUUAGCACCAUGAGUGCCCAACUUCUGUACAAGAUGAUCAAAUCUAAAACAGAGUAUCCUCUCCACAAAGCCAUCAAGGUUGAGCGAGAAGAUGUGGUCUUUUUGUAUCUCAUUGAAAUGGACUCGCAGUUACCUGGAAAACUCAAUGAACUGGACAACAACGGUGACUUGGCACUGGACCUGGCACUCUCCCGCAAAUUGGAAAGUAUCGCCACUACUCUGGUUAACAACAAAGCUGAUGUGGACAUGGUGGACCAGAGUGGCUGGAGCCUCCUACAUAAGGCCAUCCAAAGAGGUGAUGAGUUUGCCUCCAUCUUCCUGAUUCGUCACUCAGCUCAAGUGAAUGCGGCCACUGUGGGGGCGGUAGAAACCCCACUUCACUUGGUCUGUUCUUUCAGUCCCAAGAAACACUCAGUGGAGGUGAUGAGUGGCAUGGCACGAAUCGCAGAGGCCCUGCUCAAGACUGGAGCCAACCCCAACAUGCAGAACAGCAAGGGCAGAACUCCUAUGCAUGAAGCUGUGGCAUCAGGGAAUGAGCCAGUGUUCAACCAGCUUCUACAGUGCAAACAACUUGAUCUGGAACUAAAGGACCAUGAGGGUAGCACAGCUCUGUGGCUCGCACUGCAGUACAUUACCAUGUCUUCAGACACCUCUGUAAACCCAUUUGAAGAUGAUGCACCAGUAGUGAAUGGCACCUCGUUUGAUGAAAAUAGCUUUGCAGCCCAGCUUAUCCAGAGGGGAAGCAAUCCUGAUGCACCUGACACUAACACAGAAAACUGUCUCAUGCAGAGAGCAGCUCGGGCAGGUAAUGAGGCCGCUGCUCUUUUCCUCGCCACUCACGGGGCAAAGGUCAACCAUGUUAACAAAUGGGGUGAAAGCCCACUUCAUACAGCAUGUCACUGUGGCCUGGCAAGCUUGACAGCUGAGCUGCUCCAGCAAGGGGCCAACCCCAACCUGCAGACCCAGAAGGCUCUCCCUGACGACACCCCUGGUGUGGCUAUGCAGACUCCCCUCCACAUGGCCAUUGCUCAUAACCACCCAGAUGUGGUCUCUGUCAUCCUGGAGCAAAAAGCCAAUGCACUUCAUGCCACCAACAACUUCCAGAUCAUUCCAGACUUCAGUCUCAAAGACUCAAUGGACCAAACUGUCCUGGGCUUGGCCCUCUGGACAGGUAUGCACACCAUAGCAGCUCAGCUGCUGGGCUCAGGGGCUUCUAUCAAUGAUACUAUGUCCAAUGGACAAACCCUGCUUCACAUGGCCAUCCAACGACAGGACAGCAAGAGUGCUCUCUUCCUUCUUGAACAUCAGGCAGACAUCAAUGUUAGGACCCAAGAGGGACAAACAGCACUGCAGUUGGCUAUCAGUAACCAGCUGCCACUGGUGGUGGAUGCCAUUUGCACAAGAGGAGCUGAUAUGUCUGUGGUGGAUGACAAAGGGGAUCCUCCACUGUGGCUGGCUCUUGAGAAUGGCCUGGAAGAUAUUGCAUCCACACUGGUCCGCCAUGGCUGUGAUGCAACUUGUUGGAGUACAGGGCCCUCUGGCUGCCAACAGACGCUCCUGCACCGAGCUGUUGAUGAGAAUAAUGAGGUUUCUGCCUGCUUCCUCAUCCGCAGUGGAUGUGAUGUGAACAGCCCCAGGCAGCCUGGCCCUAAUGGGGAAGGAGAUGAAGAAGCCCGAGAUGGACAAACGCCCCUCCAUCUAGCAAGCAGCUGGGGACUGGAGGAGGUGGUGCAGUGCCUUCUAGAGUUUGGAGCGAAUGUUAAUGCACAGGAUGCAGAGGGCAGAGCUCCCAUCCAUGCUGCCAUUAGCAACCAGCACAACGUCAUUAUACAGCUUCUCAUUUCACAUCCAGACAUUCGUCUCAACCUUCGUGACCGUCAAGGAAUGACCCCCUUUGCCUGUGCCAUGACGCACAAGAACAAUAAGGCAGCAGAGGCUAUCCUCAAGAGGGAGCCAGGUGCUGCUGAACAGGUGGACAACAAAGGGCGUAAUUUUCUCCACGUGGCUGUGCAAAAUUCAGACAUCGAAAGUGUCUUGUUUCUCAUCAGUGUCCAAGCUAAUGUGAACUCCAGGGUUCAAGAUGCAGCCAAGCUCACCCCUCUCCACCUGGCUGUCCAGGCUGGAUCAGAGAUCAUUGUCCGCAAUCUGCUGCUUGCCGGAGCCAAAGUAAAUGAGCUGACCAAACACAGGCAGACAGCACUACAUUUGGCUGCCCAGCAGGAUCUGGCCACUAUUUGUUCUGUGCUGCUGGAGAACGGAGUUGAUUUUGCUGCUGAGGAUGAGAAUGGCAAUAAUGCUCUGCAUCUGGCUGUGAUGCAGGGCCGCCUUAACAAUGUCAGAACCCUUCUCACAGAGUCCAACAUUGAUGCUGAGGCCUUCAAUCUCAGGGGUCAGUCACCAAUGCAUGUACUAGGCCAUUAUGGCAAAGAGAAUGCUGCUGCCAUUUUUGAGUUGUUCCUUGAGUGUAUGCCUGAAUACCCUCUGGACAAACCAGACAACGAAGGGAACACGGUUCUACUCCUGGCCUAUAUGAAAGGAAACGCAAACUUGUGCCGUGCCAUUGUGAGGGCUGGGGCUCGACUGGGUGUCAAUAAUAAUCAGGGCAUUAACAUUUUCAACUACCAAGUUGCAACCAAACAGUUGCUCUUCCGCCUUCUAGAUAUGCUGUCCAAAGAGCCCCCUUGGUGUGAUGGAUCCAACUGCUAUGAAUGUGCUGCCAAGUUUGGUGUUACAACACGGAAACAUCACUGCCGCCACUGUGGGCGCCUGUUGUGCCACAAGUGCUCUAUAAAGGAGAUACCUAUCAUCAAGUUUGACUUGAACAAGCCGGUGAGAGUGUGUGACAUCUGCUUUGAUGUACUAACUCUGGGCGGAGUGUCAUAAUGCUGUGGCCUGGAUAUCUUCCACCUUCUGGCUCUGACCAUGCCAGGCCCGACAUGGCACAGUUAUUCAGGCAUACCAGAAGAAGGGACAUCAGUAGCAGGACAUACUAACAGGAGAUUCCCAGACAUUUAUGGACCAUCACCUUUAUACUAUUCCAGUCUAUGAAAAACUAUUAAUGUUCUAGAGGGACAUUUCAAAUAGAAAGUGAAACAUU